GAGGCCCGUGCAGUUGCCCUCCACCUCAUUCACGCCCCUUUCACAAGCGUCGACUGGGCCGCCGGCUACUGCCGCCACCGCCGCCGCCGCCGCCGCCGCCGCCGCCUUACUCCAGGUGCCCAGGUCUUCGUCGGGCCCUUCUCCGGCAACUAGCACCCACCAGUGACUGAAGAGGCAGGAGCAAAGAGCUAACGAGAGAUGAAUGCUCCUGACCGUUAUGAGCGCUUUGUCGUGCCGGAGGGCACCAAAAAAGUGUCCUAUGAGAGGGAUACAAAGAUUGUGAAUGCUGCAUCAUUCACUGUCGAACGUGAGGAUCACACUGUAGGCAAUAUCCUCCGCAUGCAGCUGCACAGAGACCCAAAUGUUCUCUUUGCUGGGUAUAAGCUCCCUCACCCACUUCAGUACAAGAUCAUUGUUAGGAUCCACACAAUGAGCCAGUCCUCCCCGACGCAGGCCUACAGCCAGGCUGUCAAUGAUCUAGACAAAGAGCUUGAGUACCUUAAGCAAGCUUUUGAGGAUGAGAAGAACAGGUAUGAGGAAAGGAUGAAGCAGGGGUUCUAAAUCAAUGGUGUGGGAGAUCCAAUGAAUAAACUUCCCAUGUUAGUUUUAUGCUAGGCGAGUCAUCAACAACGAACGCCCAAGGAUUGUGAAUGUGAUGCGAGACUGAUCCCUGAACUGAGGAAUGAGGUACCUUACAAACGGAUGCUCAAGGUUGCCUAAUAUGAUGCUAGACUGGACCUACCGGUCCAUAAAACCGUGCGAGGAGUCCAGGGCUGCUUCAUUUGCUUUGCUGUCGUUUUACUGUCACAUGCUUGUGCCAACAUCUGAUUAUUGCUGGGUAAUAACCUUUUGUCCGUUGCAAUGCACAUUAGGGUACUCACAUUGCAGAAACUAGUAAUAGUUUCUAGGCAAAUUUUGCUAUUGGACAUGCAAAAUGACCUCUCUUUGCUGCUAGAAAUGUCAAAUGUAGCAGUUUGCUGAUAAGACACUCUUGUCAAUUUGCUAGCGGACACCGGACUGAAUAAAAUAUUCAUUAAAAUAUUCA